UACACAUCCAACUCUUCCAAAUUGAUAUAUGACAAUAUCUACUUUCGAUCACGUGUCUGCAGGGCGACUUAGACGGAUUGCGCGUCAUCUCGCCUUCCCAAAUUUUUCCCCUUCUGCUGCAGCUCGAAUCCAAAACAUCUAUCUAUAGUAGCCGAGUUGCGAGAGAGAGAAAGAUGUUUAACUCCGUGAAUCUGGGUAACUUCUGCUCCCAGACGCGCAAAGACCGGACAUCCGAGUUUGGGGACAGAACAGGCUGCGCGUCCAACAUCUACCUCCCCAGCUGCACCUACUACGUCCCCGAGUUUUCGGCCGUCUCCUCGUUUCUUCCGCAGGCCCCUUCCCGGCAAAUCAGCUACCCUUAUUCCACGAAUCUGUCUCAAGUGCAGCCGAUGCGAGAAGUUUCGUACGGCUUGGACCCCGCUAGCAAAUGGCACCACAGGAGCAACUAUGCGUCGUGCUAUUCGGGAGAUGAUCUGGUGCAUAGAGACUGUCUUCCACCAUCCACCAUGACAGAAAUGCUGAUGAAGAACGAAAGCGUUUACAGCCACCACCAUCACCACCAUGCCCACGCGGGCUCCAAUCACCCUUCCACAGGCUUUUACUCCGGCAUGGGGAAAAACAACGUCCUCCCACAAGGCUUUGACCGCUUUUUCGAGACCGCAUACUGCAGCAGCACGGACAAUCAGACAGACAAUUGUUUACAAAAGGGCGAGGGGGGCAAGCUGGAAAGCGACUCCCAACAGCAGCAGCAGCAACAACAGCAGCAGCAGCAACAACAGCAGCAGCAGCAACAAGCCACAGCCGCUGUAGCCGGAGCUCCAGAGCCGGGAAAAGACUCGGACGAUGAGGAGGAACACACGAAUUCAGGCUCCUGCACUUCUUCCUCCGCCACAGCCAAGGACGGCAGCACCAGCAAGAGCAGCCACUCGAGCGUCCCUCGAACAAGGAAGAAGCGGUGUCCCUAUUCCAAGUUUCAGAUUCGAGAACUGGAGCGGGAAUUCUUUUUCAACGUUUACAUCAACAAGGAGAAGAGGCUCCAGCUUUCCCGAAUGUUGAACCUAACCGACCGCCAGGUCAAAAUCUGGUUUCAGAACAGAAGAAUGAAAGAGAAGAAGCUGAGCAGAGAUCGCCUGCAGUACUUCUCUGGAAACCCCUUGUUGUGAGCAGAAAGAGUGUCACAAGAGGCAUGCAGGCCUUCUCCUUCUUCUCCUCAUCUUAUUGAAUGAAUGGUAAUCGUGGGCAGAA